AUGAAAGACACCCUAAGACGUCUCAAGGUCCAUACUCGAGAGCGCUUUGAGCGUCUCAGGAUCACCUCUGAUGAAGGCGAUUCAGCGGCAGACGGAGGACAUGUGGCUUCUGAUCGAAUCACGAGUGACUCCCGACAGUCGCAUACCAAAAUACACCAACGAGAAGAUCAAGCCGACGUUGCAGCAGAAUCAGGAGAUACAUCCAUGCCUACCACUCAGUCCGAUGCGGAUCCCUCAUCAACCGAGAAUAUCGAUUUCUCCACGCUUCUGCAAAAGCUGGAAAAGUUCCUAGAGAGUGAAGACGGAGAUGUGGAGGCUGGCGAUCCCAAACCGCCAGGCAAUCCGUCCGAGGCGACUGAUAAUAGCCGACUAGAGACAAUUCAAAAGAAUGCAGAACAGAGACUUAAGAAUUUCUCAGAGGCUCAUCUAUCCUUCACAAUCCGGGGUCAACCAAUCGUCGUUUGGGAAAGUAUUCUCAAGGCUGUUCAAGUCAUCAACACGCUGAAGCCCAUCAUCUCUGGGGCAGUUGCAGCUGAGCCUUCUGCAGCUUUGGCCUGGGCUGGAGUAACGACUAUUUUGCCGCAAGACGAGGAUGCGGCUACUGGUCUCACUAAUGUCAUCUUUCUUAUGGCCAGAUAUCGAGACUUCCAUGAACAGGACUUUGUAUCUCACCUGCAGUCUUCCUGUCAAUCUGAUUCAUCGCGGGAAUCUCUUUCUCAUGUAAGAGACGAUCUCGUCAGCGUGUACGGCAAGAUAUAUAUAUAUGAAGCUCGCUUUGUGCUCCAGUACGGGAGACGAAACAAGGUACAUCGCGCUCUAAGGAAUGCGCUGAAUGCCGACGGCUGGAAGCAAUCGUGGCUAGACAUAGAGACCAUUAGCCAGCGUAUUGACAAGGGUGUAAAUGCUGAAGUCAAUAUCACAACGCUGAGAUCAUGGCAGGUGGUUAAAGACAUCCAGGAAAGAACCGAAAGGGUUGAGUUCUUGCAGCAUGAAACGUUAAGGGUAGUGCAGGGCUUUGACCGACGGCAGCUCUUGCAAUCAUUGCAGGUUACGGGAAACGCUGUCUUUGACUCACGUCGAACCUCAAAAGUGGAAGCCGUUUGCUUGCCAGGCACUCGGCGCCACAUUCUUCAAACAAUCCAGGAUUGGACAAACGACCCCGACAGUAAAAUGAUAUUCUGGCUACAAGGCAUGGCUGGAACUGGAAAGACGAGUAUUGCCUUAACAGUUGCGAGUAGUUUGGAAGCAAGAGCUCCUUUUACCGACCCGCUCAAACAACCAAGUAGAGCCUUUCUUGGUGCGAGCUUCUUCUUUGCUCAAGGCGACGCCACCAGAAACAGUACAGCCGAGUUCUUCCGUACAAUUGCAUGGUGCUUGGCAGAUGCCCUCCCAGACGUUGGAAUACGCAUUGCAGAAGCUAUCAAAGACAACCCAGGAAUCCAUAUGAAAGCCCCACAACAGCAGCUACAAAAGCUCAUUAUCAAACCCCUGGAGCUACUGGACCAGAAGACGUUCGUCCCACUCCAACUCGUUGUUGUGAUAGACGCUUUAGAUGAGUGCUUGGAAGAAGAUGCAGAAGAUCUGUUAGGUAUGCUAGCAAAUCUUGAAAAGCUUCAUCAGAUCCAACUUCGCCUGUUCAUUACGAGUAGGCGAGAAGGGCAUAUUUCCAUGGCGAUGGAGAAUCUACCCAGCAGGUUGUUCCAAACAAACAGACUGAACAAGAUCGACUCGUCCCCCGGCAGUAACAACGAUAUUGCAUUUUACCUGUCUGAGUCUUUAGGGAGUAUCGCUACGAGAUGGCGUGUCACAGAUGGCGGAGUAAAUGAGGCUGAUAUAAACAGACUGGUCCAGAAGGCGGAUGGUCUUUUUAUCUACGCCGCAACAGCCUGUCGAUUCCUUGAUUCUCCCCAUUUCGUCAACAGACGGUUCAGAGAGAGACGCUUAAACCUCUUUUUUGAAGAUCAAUGGGAGACACAAGGUCCCCAGCACACGAUGGAUGACAUAUACCACAAAGUCUUGACCUUCCCAGAAACAGAUGGUUGGUCGCAAGAGGAGAAAAUUCCUUUUUAUACCGACAUCAGUCAACUGAUCGGUUUUAUCGUUGUCCUAUUUCGACCUACUUCAGUGGAAACACUUUCCCACCUGCUCCCGACAACGAUAACGAGGGACGAUGUUAAGUACUAUCUUGGCCAGCUCCAUUCUAUUAUCGACGUCCCUGAAAAUCCUGGAUUUCCUCUCUUACUUGUUCACCUAUCAUUCCGAGACUUUAUUCUCGACCCGAAGAGGUCUGAGCGGCUUCCAUUCUCUAUCAGUGAGCUUGAAAUGCACCACGAGGUAUUGUAUAGAUGUUUUGCGCUUAUGAACUCUAAGCUUGAAGAAAAUAUCUGCCGUUUGAGUCUUCCAGGAACCCUCGUUUCUGAGGUUGAUCCUAGUCAUAUCGCAAGCCAUAUCCCACCGUAUCUACAAUAUGCGUGCCGCUACUGGGCAGAUCAUCUCAUUCAAACACAUCGCAAAUUUCUCGCGAAGAAGAAGUCAGGGGACGCCGAAUACCAGGCAUCACUUGUUCUAGUAUACAGCUUUCUCAAAGAAAACCUUCUAUCCUGGUUGGAGGUCAUGGCAUUCAUUGGAGAAGCCUCAUCAAUAAUACCAGUGUUCAGUCAGCUGGGUCGGUUUAUCGAACUCGUAGCUGCUUGUCAGGGCGACUCUGCUGCGCUAUAUCACGUGGAACUGGAGCAAUUAGUUCUUCUCAUCUUGCCGUCUGAGAGAUGGGUCUCCGGAGCCGCGAAGGAUAUUUACGAACUAUCAAUCUCUAUCGACAACAGAAUUGUCGCAGUGAGGUUCGAUGACAGUGUCGAUUUCUGGGAUAUGACUCCAAAAAUACAAAGGUUGAUUGGGAGCUAUCGGGCUACUUGGAGCGUAUUUUCCUCGUUUCUGUUCAUAUCUCCGGAUGAGAUGAUUGGAAUUUAUGAAAGCCAUACCCAUAUGGUCGAUGUUUUUGACCUGGUCACCGGAGAGUCCAUUGGGACAUUCUCGAGGACCUUUGUCAAGCAGGACCCUAAUGAGGGGCCUUUGCGAGCACAUGUAUGGGGUCAUGUUCCUGUGAUUAGAAUCCUCGGCGGUCAAUCCACUUCGACAUUCGGGGUCGCAGAAGGACCUCCGGACAACGUUGAGUUCUUGGAUGGCAACAACCUGGCGAUCAGUUAUUCUUCGAAAAUGGCAACAAAACAAUGGACCGUGAUUGAUGGGUCUAUGAAGUCCUUCGAGGUCAGGGUUCAGGCCCUUACAUACUCACCAGAUGGACAAUUUGUUCUCUUGCAGUUAGACCUCGAUGAUCAGUUCCAAGUUUGGGAUAGAUCGCUGACUAAAAGGAUUGCUGUGUAUGACCGACUGGCUAGUAUGGUGUUUGUACCACAAACCAGCCACUUGGUUUCCUUGUCUUUGUUGGGGAAUCUCCAGGUUCUUUCUUAUGAUCCCAAAUGCCUUACACUUGACACUGUUAACACUUUCAAUCUUUCUGGCAUGUCCCACGGCAGCACAGCUACAACACAGAGGUGGAGAAUGCACCCCCUCCACGUGUCACAAAGCGGUGAAGUGGUCGCCAUUAUCCUUGACUGCCGCGACCACGGCAGCCACAACACCUUACUACAACUUUGGAACGUUCCUAGGAGGGAGAAGAUCAAAGAGAUUCGUAUGGGAAGGCGAGCCAUGGGUUAA